AACCCAUUUUAUAUAAAUACCAUAAUCAUUUCCUCCAACCAAAUUAGGGUUUUAGUGCUUCUCCUUCGUAGGCGUCUGUGAUUCUCGCUGUACACACAUAAACCCCAAUCGCAAAAAUGGUAAAGGGACGCCAAGGAGAGCGAAUUCGACUCUACGUCAGGGGCACCGUUCUCGGAUACAAGAGAUCUAAGUCGAACCAGUACCCGAACACCUCUCUGAUUCAGAUUGAGGGAGUGAACACCAAAGAGGAGGUGGCGUGGUAUGCCGGGAAGCGGUUGGCCUAUAUCUACAAGGCCAAGGUGAAGACCAAUGGCAGCCACUACCGCUGCAUUUGGGGCAAGGUAUCGAGGCCUCAUGGUAACAGUGGCGUCGUUCGUGCUAAGUUCACUUCCAACUUGCCCCCCAAGUCCAUGGGUGCUCGGGUGAGGGUGUUCAUGUACCCCAGCAAUAUCUAAGCCUUUUAAGUUGCUCUGGACUUCUAGAUGAUAGAGAUCGGACACUUGAAGGGGUCUACUUUCACGUUUUUAUGAGCGAAGUUAGAUGCAUUUGUUUUAAGCCGAGUCAGUUUUGUUUGUUCGGAUGGUAGAACAUUGUGUAAUACUCCUUUACUAAUUACUUUUGAAUGAAGUAUUGUUGGCUAUUUUUCUCAAAUUACAUCUGUUAAGAAUAUGAAUCGGUAUAUUCAAGUUAAAGGUAACAAAUGAUUCUUUGUCUGUA